AUGCCUGAUAGUAAAAUAAGAAUCGAACAGAGGGAGCUAUCGUCGAAAGGGUUUAACUAUACACCAAAUGGGCUUAUAUUCACCAAUGACAUAAAAUCUGUUUAUUCGGUGUUCCUAAUAUGCAUGGACCUAAAAGAUAACACCUCUGAAUCAAAAAACUUUUUCGGAUCCUUUAGUAAGAUAUACCCAUUCUCAUUCUCCUUGGAUGAUGCUAUUCAAAAAAUGAAGGACUUUAAAUUAUCUUCAAGGACAAAUUCUACGCAUGUUACGAUCUCCUAUCAAAUGAACGAAAAAUUAGCAAGGCAUUUACUGGACAUCUUCAUGUCUGCAAAAUUAUUGCACUGUCCUGCUGAUAGGACGAGAUCAGCUCCAAAGGAAAAGGUCCUUUUACAACCAACUCCAAAGGGAACAGCUAUAUUACAAAAAUUCUCAAGAGAUGUGGGGUUAAAAGCACUCCCUCCAAUUUUAUCUUCAGAUAUUAACUCAAUGGAAUUGUUUACCUUUGAAAGAAGUUCUGUAUCUGAUUCAAUAAUUCAUAGCGAUUAUUUAAUCCAUAUUCUCUUUAUCAAGUUAAUGGGUUUACAACCAAAUGUAUGGUCUCCUUCUAACCCAAACGAUGUACUUCCAUCACUAAGUGAAUUAUUAGAAUGCGCAAGUGAUACUUUUACGUUCGAGAGUGUGAACACGUCAGCAUUUAUAGAUACCAAUGGGGAUUCUAAUGAAACUUCUUCAGAUAUACCGAAUGCUUCUUGGUCUGACCAAAUCCCUGAGGACAAAUUAAUGUCCACGAAUAGGAUAUCUCCAUUAGCUCACAAAUUUUUUACCAAUCCUGAUUCUGAUUCCCAUAUCCAGUAUUACGUCUCUAAUUCCGGAAUAAGGUUAUUUAAGUCUAAAAAAUUCGGAGAUAAUAAUAUAGUUAUCGAUUAUACUUUCACAACAAAGGCCAUAUGGCAAUGGUUAAUCGACUGUACCGAUAUAGCAUAUCCCCAAGAAGCAAUAGCUGUGGCUGCCUUAUUUCUCAAAGUUGGUUUGAUCGUGCCUAUUUUGCUUCCUCCUUCUGAAACAUCCAGAAGAAAGUUUAGUAUAAGCCGGUCCUCAUAUUUUACCUUAUCAAAAUUGGGUUCUGAUAUUGUUCAAUGGGAUCAUACAAACAAAGAAGUAACAAAUUCUCCAUAUAGAAACUUGAAGAUUGAAACGCCAAAGGAAGUUUUUAUUGAUACUGGGUUCAUGACCAGUGGGAAUGUCGUAAUUCCAGACGAAAAGAAAGUCUUGUCAAGUAAUAUCAUUGACAUCCCUUCAAACGAAUCUUUUGGAAAAUUUCCUAAACUUCACAUGAUAUUAAAAGACCCUGGUAUGAGAUAUUUGUUUCGUCUACAUCUAGAAAAAGAAUUCUGUGUAGAAAACUUAGACUCAUAUAUUGAUAUUAAAAAGUUUUUAAAAAAAAUGUCUGUUCUAAGGAAAAUAAUGGAAACUAAAAACAAUAAUGAUUCAAAAGGAAAGAUACAAUACCAAUCCACUAAAAGUGAUAUCAUGUCCACAAUUAACUCUGCUCUAAUCAAACAGGCGAACGAAUGUCUAGAAAUGGCUUAUCACAUUUAUUCUUCGUAUAUCAUGGUUGGAGCACCUUACCAAUUAAACAUUGAUCAUAUUUUACGUGAGGAGAUUUCAUCUGUUAUGCUUCACCCAAAAUCACCUAUCUCAGAAACGUUUGAAUCCCCUAUCUCUUGCCAUGCAAACAUUAUUGUAGAUAAAAAAAAACCAAAGUUGAAUAUUAAGUUGGAGGCGAUGUCUCCAUCAAAGGAAAUAUUCGUCCCAAGAAGUACCUAUAUGUUGAGUAAAGAUUCUGGCAUAUCAAGGAAUAGUAUUAGACCAACUCCCUUAAAUAUUGGGACUGAAUUGCAAAGCAUUGAUACUGUCACAACUGACAAACCAGACGACGAAGAUAAAAAAUAUGUCUUGAAAUAUACUAAUAAAAUCCCGGUUAAGGCUAAUUUACAAAAUACGAUAAAGAUACUAAAAAAAUUAUACCCAUUAUUGGAAGACGUCAGCAUGAGGAUGUAUCGUCUGAUGAAUAUUGACUCUUUACAAAAAUUUCAAAACUCAGAUCUAUACCGCGAAAUUAUUACAUUAAUUGGAAAUCAUUCAAACUAA